GCUACGCCAUGUUGUGGAGGAAACAUCUGGGAGAGGCAGCCGCACAGGAGCCAGACUCACGGUUAAAACCUAGAAACUGCGUCAUCUCCAAAAAGUUUUUAUUACUUUUGAUCCUGAGUUUUUCCUCCACCCUCUCACCAGCCGGCGCAGAAGCUGGCUCCAGCGGUUUUCCAGCAUUUCUCCCCCAUCGAUCAGAAGGCCAAAGCGGCUGCCAUGGAUUUCUAAGGCAUAAUGCGGCGCAUCUAAGGCAAUGGCAAUGCAUCAUGCAAGGCAACACAACUCCAUCUUCACAACUGCCAAGCAGUUGGGCUCGAGUACCGUCCGCGGUAUCCCUGCGAGCCAGCCGGUCCCCCUGCUCCUGGACCGGAGGAAGCUAACGCUAGCAAGCUAGUCGGCCCGCGCUACAGCAGCGUCGAGUAAACGAAAUAUUCAUCGAUUCAUCCCCGAUCAGAACAAUGAAGCCUCAAGACAUCGUCGCCGGGAAGAGCAGCAGCAGCAUCAGCAGCCUGUGGAUCUUCGGGUACGGGUCACUGGUGUGGAAGCCCGACUUCAAGUUCAGGAGGAGCGAGGUCGGUUACAUUCAAGGCUACAAGAGGCGUUUCUGGCAUGGAGACAACUUCCACCGCGGGAACGACGAGUUGCCCGGAAGAGUGGUGACGCUGAUUGAAGACGAUGACGAGUGCACAUGGGGUGUGGCGUUCGAGGUCACAGGCUCCCAAGUCGAGGAGUCCCUGAAGUACCUCAAUGUGCGUGAAACCGUCUGCGGUGGCUACGUCACCAAGAUGGUGGAUUUCUUCCCUCAGGGGGAGAACCAGCCGCCAGUCCAGGCGCUGGUGUACAUCGCCACUUCCGAGAAUGCCCUGUAUCUGGGGCCGGCCAGUCCUGAGGAAAUCGGCGCCCAGAUCGCGGUGUGCAGGGGGAAGACGGGCCACAACCUGGAGUACAUGCUCCGGUUGGCCCAGUUCAUGAGGAGCAGCUGCCCAGAUGUGGAGGACCACCACCUGUUCUCCAUCGAGGCGGCGGCACUGGCAGUGGUGUCCUGUCUGAUAGCAACCAGUAGUUCGUACCCUUUGUCUGAGUAGCUUAGAGUGGAUAAACACAACAGAGGCAUUUCAUCAACAUCCUAGCUAAUCUCAAAUUCUACAUCUUGAAAUUUCAGCCUCAAAAUAACCACCCAGUGUACUUACAUCCAUUAUACACUACUGACAUGAUAUCAAAAGAACGCACAUCAUGUUCUUUUUUUUGACUUCAUGUCCACAUUGCACCUACUAAUACACCUACAAAGAUCACGAUCACUGGCUUGUUUACUGUAAACAUGUUUCAAAGUCACCUAACUGUCUUUAUAUAUUUUUAUUUUAUUUUACUUGCACAAACCUGAGUCCGUCCAGUACAUUCAGACAGAGCAGCACUUGAAUGUGGUAGUUCAUGAAAUUCACCAAAUGUCUGAUGUACUGUGGUAAACACCUGCAAAUGUCAAAUAAAAAAAAAAGUAAAAGGAA